AUGAGCAAUUUUUUAGCCUCAAUUUUGAUCGAGCUUGGAUUUCGUGCGCGUGUGCCAUACACAGCAGAGACUCGAGAACAAGGCCAGGCAUUACCCAAUGGAGAAGAAAUAACGUCGCCUACAAGUGUGAGCGGAGACUCCGAAACGCACAACCUUCCAAAGAAUCACAUCAGCAUUGAGCCUCCCAAUGGAAAUGCCGACCUCAUACCUGACUGUGUCUUCUUCGCAAGUUUACCCAAAGACAUGGAUAGUCGAACCCCAGAGCUGGAGAGUUCUCGGACUCGGACUCGAUUCAUCCAAGGCCUAGUCUUCGACAAUGAGCCGUCGGCGGCCACCAGCGUCGUGCCAAUUCACCAUGGCGAUGAUGAAGGAGCGAAUGCUCUAGUGGCAAAUGAAGGAAACCGUCAGCUCUCACAGACCGAUACUUUGGCACCACACAUCGAGGCAACAAGAAUCGACGGGACAGAGCAAUCAGAAGAGACAGCACAGACUGUGGGCGGACUCAGCCAAGCCAUGUUGCCUGCUGACGAUGGCAUGGGAUGGUUAAGGAAGCAAAUUCAUGCCAUUCGUGACUUGGAUCUUAGUAGCAACGAAAAGGCCCGUAUGGUACACGAGCUGAUGACUGCAAACUACAAGUCCUGUCACGUAGGGCAUGCCCUUUCUCCAACAACCAUUAAUGCGCCGCUAGACCUCCAGGAGCCAGGUCAUUUCCCGGAUUACUAUACUGCAAACGAGCAGGACCUAUCGUGCCACCUGUCAAGUAGCCCUUUCACUGCAGCUUCAGUCCCGCGGUCUGAGAUCUCGUUCAUUCUUAGCGCAAGCGAUCUACAACCCACAUACGCUCCAAAAGUUGAGCCGGAGUCACAAGCCAAUGACGGAAAUGAUGUAGAUGAUGAUGACGCCGACACAGAAGAGUGUGACGAAGCUGUUUUGGGCUGCCAGCACUAUCACCGCAACGUCAAAUUACAGUGCUUCGCUUGCAAGAAGUGGUACACCUGCCGGUUUUGUCAUGAUGCUGUCGAGACUCAUCCCCUUGUUCGGCGCGACACAGAAAACAUGCUAUGCAUGUCAUGUGGCUAUGCUCAGCCCGCUGCAAAAGUCUGCAAGCAAUGUGAACAAGUCACUGCUCAGUAUUACUGCGAUAUUUGCAAACUCUGGGACAAUGACAGCAAGAAGAGCAUAUAUCAUUGUCACGACUGUGGAAUCUGCCGUAUUGGUCAGGGACUCGGCAAGGACUUUUUUCACUGUCAGGUAUGCAGCACGCACAAAGUACCCAUCAAGAUUCUGAACCUAAGCCUGACCUACGACAGACAUGUUCGCAAAACGAUCACAAACAUGGAGUCUACCUUCAGAAAUUUGGACCGCACCAUUGAAAGCCAACCUAUGCCUGCAGAGUUCACGGAUACGAAAGCCUUGGUUUACUGCAAUGAUUGUGGUGCUAAAUCAGUUGUCAAGUACCAUUGGUUAGGCCUCAAGUGCGAUCUAUGUGAAUCGUACAACACCGCCCAGAUUCGGGUCCUGCAAGGCGAUGACGUUCCUGACAUAACAGAAAACAUGGAUGUUGAAUCACUGCCACCGCGACCCCGCCCAGCAUCGUUGACCCUACAAGCUGAGACUGUCAGCUCUUUGGCUGGUCUGAACCUGGAUGCAGUACCAGACCCACUUCAGCUGAGCUCUUCGCUAUCCACCGUCUCAGCUCAGAAUCCAAGAUUUGUCUCUUACAACAUAACUCAUGGACGGGCUAUUUCGCCUGUCGUUCGCAAUUAUUUUGGACUGCCCACUGAUCGUGAACCAGAGAAGCCUUCAUCAUUGCCAUUUUUUGGCAAUGCUUUCAGAGCUGAAGGGGAAACUGAUUAUGGGGCUCUGAAUUUCCUGAGCAAAAAGCUACGUGACCGGUAUGGAUUCCUGGCAGGUGAAUCUUCGAAUGCUGAGCACUCCGCGGCAAUUGCGGAGGAAGACGAGGAAGAGGAGGAUGAGGAUAGCGAUGACGGGUCAACCUCAUCAUCAGAAUCUUCAAUUUGUGAUCGCGAGGGUAACGAGGAAGACGAAGAUGAUGGUGACGAGUACAUGGACAUUUUCGGUCAUCGAUGA